GCUGAAAGAGGUGAAGGAGAGAACCAGCACUCCUUGGUGAGGCCUCUGCAUCUGUCCCAGCAGUAACAGCAGAUUCUGUUCCUCAUCAUGUCCCUCUUCCUGAGCUCCAUCAUGACCCUCCUCACUCUGCUUCUGCUGGCUCUCUCUGGAUGUUCCAGUGAAGUCGUAAAUGAUUUCACCCACACAUGCCCUCAAUUCUUUGCUAAUCCAGGAGGAACUCUGUCUCCUCCAACUGUUUUUAAAGGAAAUAAUUACAAACAGAUCUGCCAAAUUCUAAAUAACAUUCCUGAAUAUGCGACACUGUAUGACACAGCAAACAGGAUCCCCGUCUACUCAGCCUACAAGUUUCAAGGGAGAAAGGGUGGUGACAGACAAGGCAACUGGUAUAUUGAACCUCAGCUUGAAGAUAAGGGCCCACAGAUGGCAUCUGAAAGCAAUGUGAAACAUAUAAAUAAUCAAGCUGUCAACGCAGACUACAAAGGAACGAGCACUCAUCACUUUGUGAAAGGACAUCUGGCUCCAGUCCUCCACGCCACAUCACAGAGCUGUGCUAAUGCUACCUUCACCCUCACCAAUGCCGCUCCACAGAACGAUAAAUUUAACAACGGAGAGUGGAAGAAAAUAGAGAACGCAGUGGCUAAAACUCUGGAGAAGCAGUGUAAGGGAAAUUCGGCCUAUAUCGUCACUGGGGUGGUUCCUGGCCCUGAUAAACUAAAUAACAGAGUUAAUAUUCCCGGUCACUUCUGGACCGCUUACUGCUGUCUAGACAACAAUCUGAAAGAGAAAGCUUCAGGUGCUUUCAUAGGAGAGAACAAAAAUGUCCCAGUGAAGGAAAUGUCAGUCAAAGAACUAGACAGAAAGCUGAGCGAUGAGUACGGUAAAGUUUUCCGUGUUUUUGGGAGUAAAUGUAAUUAAUUCAAUCCGAGGGUCAGGCUGGCUGAAAGGUUCAACAUCCAUUUCAGUCUCACCAAAAAGGUUUCAACUUCAAUUCAUUCAAGAAAUCAUACUGGAGAGCAUCCUAUGCAUCAGAAAAAGGCCAAAAAAAAUCUCUCACUUUCUCUCUUUACCUACAUGAAGAAAUCUGCAUUGAAAUCUAUGUUAAUUUUCACUUUUUGUCCUUUUAAUCAAUCGGUUUCUACCGGUAAUUUUUCAUAAAUGUCAAACUGUUUGUUUUUAACAAUUGCUUCUU